UCGGCGAGAGGUGGCGGUGGUUUUGUAAGGUGAAGAAAAGAGGGGUUAAGUGAGCCGUGCCGGGCCGUAGAAGCGAGCUAGCGGUGGCGCGGCCCGUGCUCGUGCCAUAGGGCCUCUGCCAGGCAUUAGUGCGAUCGUUUACAAGAUGGCAGACGGUCCGUCCGCGGAAGACGCGGCUACCGACCUGGGGGACAGUGAUUCUCGUUUAACAAGGGAGCGACACAAACGCGAGGACGCUUCGUUUUCGAUGACGUCCUUGAGCACGGGUCAGGACAUCGCGAGACGCAUCCACGAAGACGCUUCUGUGCUCGAUAGUCAUCCUCAUCAUCGGCAACAACAUCAACAUCGUCCUCCCCGUCGUAAUUGUCAUACCAAUCCUCAUCUUCCUCGUCGGCAUCUUGGUAACCCUAACAACAACAACAAUAACAACAACAACAGCAACAGCAGCAAUAACAUCGGUAAUCUAAGCAACAACAACAAUAAUCAUCAUCAUUACCAGCAUUAUCAUCGUCGGGAGCACGAGGAUGAUCAGGCUGAUGGUAACGAACGCGUUAGUAAAAACGAGAGUGGCAGUGGUGUUGGUGUUGACACGAUGUGCGUUGCUCCGUUUACGUCACCGAGCAGGGAAGAUUACGAGGAAAACGACGAUGACGACGACGACGACGACGACGAUGACGACGAGGACGACGAGGACGAGGACGAGGACGAUGAUGAUGAUGAGGAGGACGAAGACGAAGAGGAAUAUAACAUAGAAGAGAAUGGAGUGAAGAAAGGUGUAUCGAAAAAGUGUUGCGGCUUGGUUCGAAUCGACGUAAUAAAGACGAAAAAUGUAAUAAAGGUGAAAAACGAAGAGAGCGAUAGCGAUAAUAGUAAUAGUAGCGGUAACGGUAGUGGUAAUAAUAAUGGUAGUAGCAGUGGUUCGGAGGGUGGCGCGAUGACCGGUCACGCGACGCGCGGCGGUGACAAUGCCGGUGGUGGGUGCUCGGUCGGUGACGGUCGACGGUCGAGGUCCGCGGCUUUCUUCGACGCGACGGUGAAUUCUCCGAACGAAAGUGCGAGCAAAAUGAACGAGUGCCGCGUAGAUGACGACAACGACGAGGACGGAGACGGGGACGAGGACGAACAUCGUCACCAUGAGCAUCAGGAGCACGCGUUAGUAGAAAAAGUGAAUCGUCUCGGAUGCGACAAAAGUAGUAGUAGCAGCGAGGCUGGUAUAGACGAGGAGGACGCCUCCGGAAAAACGACGGACGGUAUCGCUAGUGAUGGUAGUAGUAGUGAUGGUGGUAGUAGUGGUAGUGGUGGUGCUGCUGCCGCUGCUGCUGUUUCUGGUUCUGGUGGUGGUGCUGCUGGUGCCGCUGGUGUUACUGCAAAUGGCCUCGUUGCCGGCAGGCAUCAGGGCAGCCCUUUCAAGGGACAGGUUAGGAUGGCCGAGGACACCCUCGUCGGCCCUUGCGGCAAGAAGCGGUGUGCCGAUCGAUACGACAGCUCCGAGAGUUCUGACAGUGGCGUUGCCGUGUCUUGCGGGGAGUGCAGCAGCAGCGGUACCAGCGAUAUCACGGAACCAGGUUCCCCGUGCAGCACGAGCAGCGACGAGGGGGUAGCGAUACGUGGCGCGUCCGCCAGUCCACUUCCGUCCCUACCCAAGCUGGCGCCGUCCUCGCAGAUCAGUACCAGGCCCCAGUGGCCCUGGACCCCGCCACUGGCGGCCACCGCGUGCUCGACCUACAAGAGGCUGAAAGGCGAGCCCGAAGCUGGCACCCUCCCGAGGUCCGGUGCCGCGGACCCGACCUUCCGAGGCACCAUCAAAUCUACCAGCAAGUCUAACGCCGCCCAUCAUCAUCACGAAUCCCAGGGCAAGAUCACCGAAUACUUCAAAACUCAGAUCAAACCUCAGCAACCCAAGAUCAAGAAGAACAGCGAAACUAUGUCGGUGCUGGUUGCGAAGAGUUCGUCGGAAUUUCGGAGGCCAGCGACGGUGCAAAGGAACAAAAGCGGACUAGCCAAGUAUCUAGCUACUGUGUCGCCAAACGGGAGAACAAAUUCAAGCAACGAUUGGGAAGUAAGAUCUCUGGCAAUGUCUCCACCACCUACGAAGAAACCACCGCCGGUGAUCGUACCUAGGGCCAAUGGUAAGAUGGACAAGAAGUUGACGAAGCCGGUGCCCAGCCUACCCAUCUCGAAUGACGUACUGAAGAACAUACCAAGCUGUAAAAUCUCGUCCCUCAGGUUGACGUCGGAAGCAACUUCGAACGCGAAAAGUAGCUCGCCACCCUCGACCCCGGCUCCUGCUCUCAGCAGCGACGCCACGACUCUCGACUUCAAAGGUUGCAUUCUGUCGAAGCCGCACGUGAACGAGAACAACAACCUGACGAACGGUUGCGGAAGCAUCCUGGGCUCGCUGAGAUCUCAAAGUAGCCAGGAUCCAUUAAAGAGGUUGUCCGUUCCGGAGGACACCGACGAUAGCAAGGAGAGACAGGUGAGUCCUGCGGACGAAGACGACGUGGAGGAAGAAGAAGAGGAUUCGAGGAGCAGCGAAUCGAAACCACCCCUAUCGCCGAUACUCUCUGCCCCGACCACCAUACGAUUUCCCGCCAGAGAACCGGAGAAAGACAGACAACAGGCUACGGAUAGCGGAGUCUGUCGAUGGGACAAGUGCGAGGAGAGCUUCGAAUCGAGCGGAGAACUACUCGAACAUCUGCAGGCAGCGCACAUCAACACGCAAACCGGAGGUGAUAAUUUCGUCUGCCAAUGGCAAGGCUGCAAGGUGCAAGGGAGGAGUUCCUGUUCGCGAAGGUGGCUGGAACGACACGUGUUGUCUCACGGAGGCAACAAGCCCUUCCGGUGUAUAGUCGACGGCUGUGGCAGCAGAUUCAGCUCUCAGACCGCUCUCGAAAGGCACGUGAACGGACACUUUAAUCAACCAGAAACCAGCAACAAUAACGCCAGACGAAGCUGCGAGAGCGGAGGAAAACUGGUCAGAAGAAAUGGGAAGAGACUUCGAUACAGGCGACAACCUUGGUCAGCGAGACUCUUCGAUUACUUCGACUCAGGGGUGAUGGAGGGUCUUCAGCACAGGUUACUUCAACUGGCAAAGUCGAGGACGCAAGGUCGUCUCGCGGAGACACCAGGAAAUUCGAUGGCCCUAACUAGUCAAAUAUUAGCCCGAAGAGUAGAAAUGGAUGGAAAGACUAAAGUCCUGUUACGGUGGUACCCUCCAGACAUUGAGCCAGACGAAUGGGUACUAGAGUCCGAAGUACAAAGCACGAAAAACGUCGAAAUACGAAAAGUGGCGUCGUCUCACCCGGAAGAAGUAAGUUUGGCUCUAUAUUCGGCGGUAAAUGGCGGCAUGCCGUCACUGACGCGAGUAAAACAACGCCGGAAACCGGUCAAGAACUCGUGAUAAUGCCGAUCAUGGUGUUCGAGAACAAGCGUGAUGAAGUAGCGACGAUUAAGCCAGAAAACGAAUAUCGACGAGUCCUGUAUCAGGACAGUUAUGCUUUCUGGUCUGGAAAGAUGGAGCCUGACGAGAUUAAUCGGAACCUAAACGUGUCGAGAAGAGGAUCCGGGUAAGACGUCCUCUGACUGCAAGAGGAAACGCACGAUAUGAGUAUAGAUGGAUAUGCAAACAUAUCCAUGUAGAAAAGAACCGAUAUCCGAGAAAGAUACUACAUUAUUAUAGAACGAAUCUGUGAAUCUGUGAGCUCUGUGAGCUUGUAUCGCGAGCCAGAACAAUAAAAAAGAGGGAGACGAAUAACAGACAAACAUUAAGAAUGUAGCUAAGAGUACCCACAGGGGAAGGAAAGAGUAAUACAUUCUAAUUUAUAUAGCCUAAAUUGAAACGAUCGUUAGGUGAUAUAUUAGUAGUCGUGGAUAGCGAUGAAAGAUAUUCUUGUUGCCUAUCGAUACCAAAUUUUGAUGAAACGAUGUUGGGGUCGAUUCCUGCCACGAGUGCCUGUGAUACAAAAGCGGUGACACUCGUCGGACUCGGAAGAGCUAGGUUUGGGCCUCAAAAGUGCCUCACCGUGGAAACAUUUUAUAUCGUUGACCGUCUUGCAAGACCAAUGAAAAGACGGCGGAGUUGAAUUAAAAUGAAAAAAUACAAAAAAAGGAAACAAUAACGCAGGAUGGAGACGAGAAUUUUACUUACGACUCAUGCGACGCAUUAACCGUGCGAGAAAAAAGAAAAAAAAGAAAAAAAGUGAGGAGAAGUAGGAAGAAAAAAAAAAUGCAAACUGUUAGACGUUAGUUAACGAUUGUAAGGAGAUAAUCACUCUGGUGGCCUUAGGAAUCAAUUAAUAUCUAACAACCGGCCCCUUGGCACUUCCGGGCCCCGUUUAAGUACCCCGAGAGAAGUCAGAAGAAAAGAAAAAGGGAUGUAAGGAAGGAAAACGUGAAACGCGGACCUCCUUCGACUUGCCCUCGACCCUCGACCAACUUUCAAAAGGAGAUGUAUCUACCUCGAUCUUCAGCUCGGUAGAAAUUCGUGCAGGCCGCUGUCGUGCGACAUGGUGAAGAUAAAAGAAGGAGGAGGAGAAGGAAGAUAAAGAGGAAGAAGAGGGACGUAAAGGGGGCGUGUACGCGUGGGUGCUGGGUUAUCGGAUAACGAAAUCUUGCGAAAAGACGACAACGGAAAGCAAUAGCCAAGGAAAGAAUGUAAAUGGUCUCAACGGAGAAUGAAAGAGGAGAUAGUAAUAAAAAAUAAAGUCGACGCGAAAGUUAAAGCCGCAAAACGUAGUCGGACGACUGAUGAGCCAACGGGGUUUCUAUCGAGACUUAUCCACUUUUCCCCUUCGAAAGAAAAUAUUGUACAAAAUGAAAUUAAAAUAGGAAACGAACAAAUAAAGUGAAAUAAAGAAGAAGAAGGUCGAGGCCCGAGGCACGCUCGAGACGUAGAAAGGACGAGUUUGACUCGUUCGUGCCUAGAGCGUGUUCGACUUCUCGUGUACUUCGUCGUCGCCUAUUUUUAUCUUCCUGCUAAGUUACGUGCAGCAUGCCAAUGCGAACCUGUCGCUGCGUGGCGAGACAAAAUCGAACAAUCGUUUCUUUCCAUUUUAAUCCUCUCGUUCUUAUCUUCCGGUCGCCGAGUCGGCACAAACAGAGAAAAAGGGAAAGGAAAGAAAAAAGGGAGAUGAACUAAAGCAGGAAUGUCCGGAUAAUCGAUCAUUUUGAUAACGACUAUCAUUCACCGUUCGUGAAGUUAUCGAGGACCGAUCAGAGGUACGUUCUACGUACGUACUUUUUGAAACUUUCUCAAUUCCAAGUUUUUACAUCGUCGCAAUGUUUUUCACCCGAUUCGAACCGAAAAGGAGAGAACAAGAGAAAAUGGCAAGGAAACACAUUGGAGAAACGAGCCAAGACUUUGCGAUCGACUGUACAGAGCCGUGGCAGAAGAUAUAUCAUGGAAUUGCCAGUCGGAAAUACCUGCGACAAAAGUAUAUGUAUAUCUCUGGAAAGAAAGCGGAUAGAAGGAACCAGCUAAUCGGCAGCGAGAGCGAAUGCAUCGUGCUGUACGACCGUAACGAAGAACUGUUACUACUCUGAAUAGAGAUAGAACACGAUGGCUGUGUUACAUUUUCCACAGAGUUACUAAAGGGUUGAGGGAGUAAUAUGAACGCGGAUCUGCGAAAGAAAAAUAAGGAGGACUUAUGGAACGAAGUGUGUCGGAUCGCUAUUUUCAUAGGUGUAGAUACGCCGAGAUCGUAGAAAUAUAUUUCUCGUAUCGCGCGGAAGAUGUCUGACAUCGUGGGAUGUGAUGCCGCACAUUGUACACAUAUAUACAUAAUUGUAGAGAGUAAAGAGAAUACUUGUAAAUUAAGAGGAGUAACAGGUGGAAGGGGUGAAAGUUCGUGUCGACGACGUGUUGUGUAGCUAGUAUGGAAAACAUAAUGGAAUCGAAUGUAGAAAAAUAAGCAAGACGUAAAGGCCUGUAAACGUUCGAAAAGACAGCUGGAAUGUAAGGGAGAAACUUGGGACACACACGGACAGAAGCACAUCUACACACACCAGCUAAGAAACACUGCCAAUAUAAUACGAUUGUAAUUAAGAACAUUAGGCUAAUUGGUCGAUUUAUUCUUACUAUUAUUAUUACGAUUAACUGUAUAACCCGAUAGAUCUCUAGUUGCCGCGGAUGCAUAAGUGGCGUCCCGGUUGCUCCAGGCGCGUGCGCACGCGAAUUUUCCACCGGACAAAAUAGUUAUUGAUGCCCGUUAGUUUUCUUCGUAAAAGUAUCGACGUAUGUAUAUGUAUAUUGGGAAACGUUCGCGCGUGCCAGUAAACGGGACGAUAGCGGAUGAGCGUGUAAAUAGUUAGUUGAAAUUAUCGAUAAAUCGCCUGGUGGUACGGGCCACCACUUCUAUCCCGGGGAUAUUGAACUCGUCGAAAGGGCGAGGCGCAGCCUAUCAGCUUGCGAAUUUCAAACCAGAAAGAGAUUCACCUUUUUGAUCGGAAUUCUCGUGGCGGGACACGCCUCGCGUGUUCAACGAGAAGGACGCCGCGGUGAAUUACGAGAGGGUGGCUGGUCUGGCUCGUGGAAAAUGGGAAACGAUACGAGCUCGAAGAAAAUGGAAACGCGUCACUGCCAAAUAUAGUGCACUGCCAGCCGUUUAAAUACUGCGGUAGUCGUACACCCUUAGAGCCUUAUUUCAUUCGCGGAGCAUCGUGCUUCUAUCUUAUUAGUUUCGAGUUUAGCGCGGAUUAUUGUUUCCUUUACGAGCUUAACCGGCCGCCCUCUAAUCGUUUAUACUUUGGAUUCUCUGUUUUUUUUUUUUUUUUUUUCUUCGAAACGUGCAUCAAGAGAGCGUGUUUACUGCCAGUCUGACGACGACGAUAGACGCGAAACCAAGGCACUGCCAGCGGAACGUAAGACGGAGCAAAUCUGAAUCCCGUAUAACGUAUAUGUAUAUAGGUAUACAUGUAUGCAAGCGAGUCAUCGUUAAACCUUAUAUAGAGACGCGGUCGAUUGAUGUCGUUUUGUUGCGCGACUUAUCCUGUCCAUUUUCCUCUUUCAUUUCUCGCCGACACGGUUCGUUUUCCUCGUUACCGUUAAACUUUUCAUUUAUCCCUUUCGCUUUUGGCAUCUCCCCGCCAGUGCCAUACACGUGUACAACGUGUGCUGCUCGUUCCUUCUGAUUUUUCGUCGUGUUCGUCCCGCGCUCGUCUUCUUUUCUUCGUGUUCAUGUUUGUGUUCGUGUUUAUUCGACUUAUUUCGUGGCGUGAUCGCGAUUCGAUCGUCGUUCCUCUCGCUCCACUCUCGUCGCGUUUAGAUCUUUAGGGAAGGUAGCUCGAUAACAAAAAAAGCUAUUAUCACGGGUGGGACCAAUUUCUCUCGUGCGGGAACUCGUGUUCGUAAUGUUUUCUUUUUUCUCUUAGGAAUCGAGCAUUACUUUUUUUUUUUUAGAGCAUUGUCGUCAAGUAUGUGGGAAUGCGACGGACUGUAUUUAGUCGUAAAGAAAUAUCGAAUUAUUGAUUAGGUUUAGAAACGUUAUCGUAACGUUGUUUAGGUAGAAAUUACUAAGUUUACUUAAUACGAUUAGAUGUAAUUGUUCGGUUGCUUAGCGAGGGUGGAUCAGCGGGAGAAUCUUUCGGCCAUUCGAUCACGCUUGAUCUCGUGGCAGUGAACCGUGACGGAAAAUUUAGACCGAUACCGGAAUCUGACUUUUUUUCAAACUGCCGCAACAAAUUUGUUCAACUGUUUAGAUUGUAAUCGUCAUAGUUCGCUUCGGAAAAGACUGUCCGCAUUUAGUGUUUAGGGUCUAAUUAUCGUAUAAUUUUGUGGAACGGAAAGAAGAAAGAAAAUCGGAUAAGAAAUUCAAAGCUGUGACUGAGGGAUUUUUUUUUUUACUAGUUCUUUCAAUGAUUUACUGUAGCAUAAAUAUUUUUGCUGUUUUCUAUUGUCCAUUGAUUGGACCAAAGUGGCGCUAAUUUGAUCAAAAGAUACAAAAAAGAAACCCGCGAUUUAGCGAGGAAAGUUCUGUAUCGCGAACUUAAAGGCGGUAAAACAUCAAGACGGAAAGGGGGAAGGACAUAACUGUUCACGUACCACCAUGUUUGUCGUUCAAAAAAUAAUUUUCGUACAUUUGUCUCUUUUUCAUUUUUUCUUUUCUCUUUCUUUUCUUUCCCUCAUGGGAAAGAAAUUCAUUCAUUCAUAGCCCUCCUCGUUUGACCUAUCCUCUUCUAAUCCCAUUUCUUUUCUUUUCUUUUUUAUGUCGAGUUUUUCUUCGCGCUAGCGAUAGUAACUUUUACCCGCGCGAUUCUACACAUUACACAGUAAAUGUAUAUUUUAGCGGAUCUUGUAAAGUUUUACAUAAGAUAAUUAGAUAUCCAUUAGUAUUGGACGCAAGAGUGACUCGGCCUGAAGAAUAGCUACGAAGCACACCUUGUUCGUUUCAAAAAAGAAAAUGUCUCAAAAGACGCGGUGUUCGUCGUCGAUCGUAGCUGUUCUCCCGGUUUUGGAUUUUGUACAUGUGUAUGAAAGAUAAAGGAGGACAGAGUAUGAGAGUGAAUGAGAGAGAAAGAGAGAGAGUGUGUGAGAAAGAGAGAGAGAGAGAGUACCCGGCUAUAAUUAUAAUAAAUUGUUUAGCACUGUGUAAAUAAGAGACACAAUCGAUUACACUUUGGGGCAAAAAAGACCAUAGAGGAAAGAAACGAUGGGCGAAAAAGAGUGAGAGAAAGGGAGGAAGUUAGAGAGGGGAAGAUGAAUGAUGAUAAACGUCUCGUAUUUUUACAAAGAACAUUAUGCGAAAUAAUUUGAAACGAGAACAACAAGAGACGUAUCGCAGGUGGAUUUAUUACAUUUUCUUUUGCCUUAUAUUUGGUUACGUGGUAUUAAUCGAUGUUUAAAAUAAAAAUCGCUAGCGGUCUAUUCCUUUUCCUUUCUUUUACUUUUUUUUUUCUUCUAAAAUAAGAAAACAGAACCAGAAAGAUUAACGACGAUUGCUCGGAGACAAAGACAUGUGUUCGUUAAAUGUAUUAUAUCACUUAUUCUUUUCCCAUCGAUUCGGCUGUCAAGCUCGCAUAUAUUUGAAGCAUUAGACAUAGUGGAUAAGUUUGUAAAAAAAAAAAAAAAAAUGUAAUACGUGAAAUUGAACAUAAAUCUCCAUUCCAAUCGGUUUAUCGUUGACUAGCGCGAUGCGAUUUAACCCUUGAGUACGAUCUUCCAUGUGAAUCACGAACUUGUCGAACACCGCGUGAGUUUUCCUCGCACGUUUACGCGUCCAUGCAAUUUCGUUAGGAUUUUAACAUUCGCACAGAUGAAAAAGCAAUACGUAUAAUAGCAGCUACGAAUAAUCUCGCUAUGGCAACUAUCAACUUCUACGAAUGGAACGUACUUAAGAGUUAAAUCGAGUCACUUCGAAUGCUGGUCGUGUCAGUGUUUCGGAACAGAAGCGAGCAACACGCUAUCUAAAGAUCCAUUUGUCCUAUUUAUUCAUCGACAACAUAUCGAUUCAGAAUUCUAGUCGUCGAGAUCCUAAGGUAAACAAAUUUUCUUUCGAAAUUGUUGCAUUCGAGAAAAACCGCGCGCCUAAAUUCCGAAACGCUUGCACGACCGUGCGUUCAUGUUCGAUAUUAGAACGAAUUUCGCUGUGUUUCUCGAUGAACAACGAGGGAAGGGUUCGGAGCCUCGUUCAUCGUCGACGUGAGAAAGAAACGAAACGACGACUAGUUAAGGUAGAACUUGUCCGAACACGGCUUUCUAGUUUUCACGGCUCUCUCUGAAGCAGCGCUUGCAAACGCUAGAGCGAAUCGCGCGUCCUUCAUAAAAAUACAGCGGGACAUGGCUUGUAAAUGUACAAAAAAAAGAUGAUUACGAAAAUAAAGUAAUAGAAUUAGAAAGAUUAACAGGAAGAAAGGAAGAAGAAUGCCGUUUUACCAAUGUACAUAUGGAUCAUUGUCGCGUUUCGAAAUUUUCAUCGAGCGCGCGGCUAGGGAUAGCGUAUUACGAAUAUAGUGUUUGCAUUUAUUAUAAAUUCUAUGUAAAAAUACGAUGAGGAAGAAUGAUCGUUGGGAGAGAUUGUUUCUUAUAGACCAUAUCGGUAUAACUAAUAUAAUAUCGACGUUCCUUUUGUAAACCUUUCCAUAUCGUUUGUUCGCAACGAGCUACACCUAUUCCCUAUUUAUCGUACACGAGGUUUAGGUAUUCCUGGUAUGCGCACGAUCGUUCCACGUUGUUUCGUUCGGUUUCCCCUCCGUUGGACGCGUAACGCGCUUUUCGACGUUCGUCAUGAGCGCUGCGAUAUUGCUUCGGUUAGAAGAAAAGGCUUGUCUCUUGUAUAAAAGUAGAGGAAUAAUAGCGCAUAGUUUCGAUUAAUACUUGAAAUUCUAGGCUAUGUAGAAAACGCGUGUGACGGUCUGUCAUCGUGCGUACAAUAAAGGUAAAAAAGGAGCAAAGAAAGAGUAAAGUGAAGAAAUAGAUGAGAUAAACGUAGGCGCCAUAAUAUUUCAGUCGUGUGUCAUUGAUCGGUAGGGAACCGGGGAUCGGCACCAUCGAAAUACAGUGUCUUUCAACAUUGAAAACUGGAAAGCCCACUCUAAUCGCUUUUACUUGAUCGUUCAUUGCGAGAUAUAUCCGUGCGAAGAGCCGAUCGUUUCUUUAGCGACCUAAUUUUUCCACGAUUCCGAUGAAGUGGCAAUAAAUUGUUUGUAAUUAGGAGCGGUGCUCCGGAAAUGGUAUAGAGACGCGAUUGUAAUCGCGAAAAUAUUUGCUGGGUUUUAUACGAUGACAAAACUAUCGUGACGACCAAGGACAAUCAGUUGCCACUUCAUUGUAUCAAUUGUGUUUCCAGCAUAUACUAUGUAUAACGACAGUACGAAACACACGGGAAGGAAAAACAAUUGAGGAAAACGAAGGAAAACGAUAAACUAUCGCUUCGCACUGCCAAACGGGGAAGAAAAAUGGGAGCUCAACGUCUCGCGUUCGUUGCGUUGACCGAUCCUGUCGAGCGAUCGUCGAAAGCACCGCGGUGUUCAUUGUAAUCCACAUAGUGGUACCCCAAGAGAAUAAAAUAAAAAAAAAAAAAAUGAGAAAUAAUACGUGUAGGAGGUAAUAUACUUAGAUAAAGCGCACGCGAAGAUUUUUUAAACCCGUAUUAAGCGCAAGAACAGAGAAGAAACUAAGCGUUGAACAGUGCUUUUGACUUUUUGGAUACUUUCAUGUACAAACACGAAUGACGGUUUAUAGCUCAAGGAAAACAUUAAAGAGACAGAUAUUGUAAGAGAGUAAUAAUAAUUUGACGGUUACGAUAUCGUAA